GCUUACAUGAAUUGAUGAACGAUUCGCGCUCCUUCCUUGUUUAAAAUAAUCAACAUAAGUAUUCGCUGACCGUUUUACACCACAGUAGUGGAAGUAGAGUCCGACAAAUCGAUUUACCCUUCAAACCUGCAGCUCUCGCUCCGCCUGACUCGGUAUUUUAUUACGACACACGGAGUCCGGGUUAAAGACGAGCCUCGAUACAAGCUGCCCAGUGCCCAUGAUGUCUGACUCAAAUGCACAAGCGACCCCAUCCAUCCAGAUAUGCAGGAUCAUGCGUCCUGAUGAUGCCAACAUUGUUGGUAAUGUUCAUGGUGGCACUAUCUUGAAGAUGAUUGAGGAAGCAGGAUGCAUCAUUGGAACACGCCACUGCAACACUCAACGUGGGAUGUGUUUUUCUGGAUCAGAUGUGGAUGAUGAUCGCUGCGUAGCUGCUCUGGCCCGGGUGGAGCGCACUGACUUCCUGUAUCCGAUGUUCAUUGGUGAAGUGGCCCAUGUCAGUGCUGAGAUUACCUACACCUCCAAACACUCUGUGGAGGUGCAGGUGAAUGUCCUUUCUGAGAACAUAGUCACAGGAGCCAAAAAAUGGACCAACAAGGCAACGCUAUGGUAUGUCCCCCUCUCUCUUCAAAAUGUGGCUAAAAUCAUUGAAGUUCCUCCUAUUGAGUACUCCAGCCCAGAGCAGGAGGAAGCAGGUAAAAAGAGAUAUGAGGCUCAGAAACUAGAGCGGUUGGAGACAAAAGAGAGGAACGGUGAGGUCAUCACACACGUCUCUCUUCCAGAGCCCUACACUGUUGGAUUUAGUCAGUCAAGUCUGAUCCAUCUCGUCUGCCCGUCAGAUUGCACGCUGCAUGGCUUCGUACAUGGAGGUGUGACAAUGAAGCUUAUGGAUGAGGUGGCAGGAAUCGUCGCUGCUCGUCAUUGCAAGACCAACAUUGUGACGGCAUCAGUGGACGCCAUCAACUUCCAUCGUAAAAUCAAGAAAGGCUGUGUGAUUACCGUCUCUGGGCGAAUGACCUUCACCAGUAAUAAGUCAAUGGAGAUUGAGGUUUUUGUUGAUGCUGAUCCACUGGUUGAGGCUGAGAAAGGAAAAUAUCGGGCUGUCACAGCCUUUUUCACCUACAUCUCCCUGGACAUGGACAACAAACCUCUGCCUGUACCACCACUGAAGCUGGAAGGUGAAGAGGAGCAGAAACGUUUUGAAGAAGGGAAAGCGCGUUACCUGCAAAAUAAGGCAAAGAGGCUUGCAGAUAAGGCACAGCAACAAUGAUUUUAUCAAGGCUGAUGCCAAACUGUAUUGUAGAAGAAUAUAUUGGAAUAAUAGAGCAUCAGCGUUACAACAUCAAGAACCUCUCCUUAAUCGUACAUGUAGCUUAUUAAAUAGAAGGUAAAACAUAUUUGUUUACUUGAAUUGAAUUCUAUCUUCCUGUUGUCUCACUGCAGUAUACCAAAGCACUUUCUGUGUGUGCAUGUUACUUGAAACAAAAAAGUAAAAUAUGUAUGUCUUAUUUUAAGUUAUUCAAGAAAUGUGCAGAAAUGUAUUAUGCAGUAAUAAAAGCUUGUGAAUGCAACUACA